UUGAAACGUCUCAGUCGCGUCAUGGUUGUUUAUUUACCGAAAUUCAAACACUGUUCGAAAAUCUAAUUUAAAUUCAUUGAACAUUAUAAAAUAUGUUGUGUAAGAAAAACAAGACACUGUGAAUAUAUUUAUUGAAGAUUUUAUUUUAGGAGUUAUCAAAAUUACGGAAUCUAGGUAACUAUGUCGCGACAGGUCGAUUCCAACAUUGCACUUUUGUUAGAUGGUUUAGGCCUCGAGGGUGAAGAAAAUGACUUUUGUGAUUUUACAAUAGCAGAUCAAAACUCAGUUGCAGAAGCUCAAGGUAUUACUCCAACUACUCCAUCAAAUUUUAAACCCGUGUUAGGCAAAAACGUAACUUACGUUGUCGCAUGUGUAAUUCUUAACGAACACAAUGACUUACUUAUGAUGCAAGAAGCUAAGGAAAGUUGCGCUGGAAAAUGGUAUCUUCCCGCUGGUCGUAUGGAAAAGGGUGAAACAAUUGUCCAGGCAGCAUGUAGAGAAGUUUUGGAGGAAACAGGCUUAGAAUGUGAACCUAAGACUUUGUUGACUGUAGAGACUGCCGGCGGCUCUUGGUUCAGAUUUGUGUUAACCGCUGAUGUUGUUGGUGGUGAACUUAAAACUCCUGCAAAAGCAGAUAAAGAAUCUUUGCAAGCCAAGUGGAUAUCCAAUCUUCAAGAGAUAUCUUUAAGGUCCAAUGACAUACUGCAUCUUAUUGAUAAAGCUAAAUUGCAAAAACAAAGUAAACCUGGACAAACAUGGCAUCAAAACAUUCUGCCAGCUUUAACACCACACUCCAAAAAUCUAAUGAGACUGAUUAUUGUAAUAAAAAAAAGAAGUACAAAUAGAAUGCAUGUAUUGUUAAGUGAAAAAACUUCAAUACAUUUCCCAACUUGUGAAAUUAACCCAGCCAAGAGUGUACAUUCUACAUUGAGGAGGUUCAUGGUUGAAAUGUUUGGUGCUGAUGUAGGACAACACCGACCUUUGGGCCUGCUCAACCUGGAGGCCGAUCCAUCCGCUGAUGGCUGCUGUAUCUCUUUACUUGUGGUAUUCAGGGCUCCUCUGGAAGAAGUACCUAUCAUUGGUAAAUGUGCAUGGCAUGAAAUACCCAGAGAAUUUGAAAACAAAUUUCUACCAAUGAUAACAACUAAAAAUUCCACAAUAGAACUACAUGUUGUUCGUUGAUUUUGAUGUAAUAUUGUAUUCAUGACAAUAUUUGUGUAUAUUACUCUUAUAUAAUCCCAUUUAGCUCUCUUAAUUUUUAAAAGUACCUUAACAUUAUUAACAAUCAUUUAAUCAUCCACUAUGUAUGUAU